GUCCUCCUUCUCAGGCGGUCCUUCGCGGCGUCCCCGGGGCCGACUCCCGAGCGCAGGCGGGUGGCCUGGCGGGCUGCGCGGCGCGGGCCGGCGGGAAGCGUAUUCUGGGCACGGGGUGCCGGGCCAGCCGGCCGCGCCGAACGGCAGUAGUGGGAAGCCACCCAAGGCCUCGCGCGGCGCCGCCCGUCGAGGGGCGGGCGGCGGCAGACAACCGGGCCGUCGAAGAGUUCAGGAGGCCGGUGGGCCGGGCCGCGCGGCGCAGCCAUGCCAGGCUUUACGUGUUGCGUGCCGGGCUGCUACAACAACUCGCACCGGGACAAGGCUCUCCAUUUCUACACGUUCCCCAAGGACGCUGAGUUGCGGCGCCUCUGGCUCAAGAACGUGUCUCGUGCUGGCGUCAGUGGAUGCUUCUCCACCUUCCAGCCCACCACGGGUCACCGUCUCUGCAGCGUCCACUUCCAGGGCGGCCGCAAGACCUACACGGUACGCGUCCCCACCAUCUUCCCGCUGCGCGGCGUUAACGAGCGCAAAGUAGCACGCAGACCCGCGGGGGCCGCAGCCGCCCGCCGCAGGCAGCAGCAGCAGCAGCAGCAACAGCAGCAGCAACAGCAGCAUCCGCCGCCGCCGACAGCCUCGACUGCCCAGACCGCCCAGCUGCAGCCGAACCUGGUGUCUGCCUCUGCGGCUGUGCUCCUCACUCUUCAGGCGGCUGUGGACAGCAGCCAGGCUCCUGGAUCCGUGCAGCAGGCACCCACUACUCCCACCGGAGAUGAUGUGAAGCCCAUCGAUCUGACGGUGCAAGUAGAGUUCGCGGCCGCAGAGGGCGCAGCCGCCGCAGCUGCCGCGUCGGAGCUGGAGGCUGCCACCGCCGGGCUGGAGGCUGCCGAGUGCCCGAUGGGCCCCCAGUUGGUGGUAGUGGGGGAAGAGGGCUUCCCUGAUACUGGCUCCGACCACUCGUACUCGUUGUCGUCAGGCACCACGGAGGAGGAGCUCCUGCGCAAGCUGAACGAGCAGCGGGACAUCCUGGCGCUGAUGGAGGUGAAGAUGAAGGAGAUGAAGGGCAGCAUCCGCCACCUGCGUCUCACCGAGGCCAAGCUGCGCGAAGAGCUCCGAGAGAAGGAUCGGCUGCUGGCCAUGUCUGUCAUCCGCAAGAAGCACGGAAUGUGAACGGGUUCCCCUGGGAUUCCCCGGGCCCUGCCAGCCCAGGAGGCCUGCAGGCCGCCAUUGCGAACUCGCCUAUACUCCUGGGACACUGGUUGACUGUACUGAGGCUUAGGGCAGCUGGACUGUUGCUGGUGACCUGGCACCCUCGUGUUUCCUUUUGAAGUCUGGGACCUUGGACUCUGCUCUGGUGACACCAGCAAUUAAUGACUUUGACUCCCCCCACAUCCCCGUCUCCAGUUAACGUUGUGGGUUCUGGUUAAGCAGAGGCUUAGGAACCACUGAACUUGAAACUUACCCCGUAGGGAUGCAGGUGGGAUGCCCAAGGACUAUGGUUUUGGGAAGACAACACCUUGAGGUUUGCCAGCAAUCAGAGACAGCUCUUCUGUGUGUAGUGAUAAGGGAGCCAAGUGACAUCAGUUCUCCUUUUCAUGCUUUUCUUUCCCAGGUGCAGCCUGUGAUUCUGAUGGGAGCUGGCAGAUCUGUGCCUCUGCCUCCUAGGACCUCCCUCUCCAGGAGGCCAUCUAUAAGGGGAUCUAGGUGACAUGCUGAUGGAGAUCCAGCUUGCCAGGGACUUAGGUUUAUCUUGUUAUGUUUGCUACUGGUUACAAAUUCUAUUUUCUGUACAAUUAGUCAGACUAAAGUUUUCACUGUGUUUGUUUGGCAAAAUGAAUUAAACAGAAGGUAAGGUUUGUA